AUGCUUAAAUAUAAUAAGGGAUGGAAAUGCCCCAUCCAAUUUAUUCAAACAAAACUCUUUACAACAAUUACAGAUAAAACAAAUUAUAAUAAUAAAUAUAACAAAUUUUUGACAAAUAAUAUGAAUAUAAAUAAUAAUGAUUUAUUCUCAAAAUAUGUUAAAAUAAAAAAUAUAAAUAAUUAUAAUUUUUUUUUUUAUGGUAUAUUACAUGGUCAAAUACAAGGAAAAAGUUCAAGUGGUAAAGAUUGUUCUGAAUUGAUAAAUAAAAUAAACCCUCAUUAUAUAUUUUUAGAAUUAUGUGAAACAAGAUUAAAUAAAUUAUUUUAUAAACUUUCAAAUAAAGAUAAAAUAAAUAAUUAUCAAAAUAAUAAUUAUUCAAAAUUUACAUAUUUACCUCGAAUACAUAAUGGAUUUAUGCAAGACGAAUAUUUACCUAUACUUGAAAAAUCAAUAAAAAAUAAAAAAUUUAAUUUUUUUUUAUUUGACCGAAAUAUUAAUACCAUAAAAAAUAGAUUAGAUUAUAAUCUUUUAUAUGAUACAAAAUCUUAUAAACAAUUUUUUAAUUAUUGUAUUGAAUCGAUAGCAUUAAGACAUUAUACAUAUGAUAUUUUUAUAAAGCUAUACAAAGAUUAUGAUUCAAAAAAUGGCAUAAAUAAAAAUAAUUCUAUUACUGAAAUAAAAAGCCAAAAUAAUAAUUAUACAAAUGAUGUAAAUUCAGAGAGAAAACAAAAUAUUACUACCAACAGUUUCGAUACUCAACUUUAUUCAAAUUCGAACAAAAUGGAUGAUAAAGCACAAAAGGGUGAUUAUGAUGAUGAUAAAGCACAACAAAAUGGUGGAAAAAAUUCCCAAAAUGAUUAUGAUGAUGAUAAAGCACAACAAAAUGGUGGAAAAAAUUCCCAAAAUGAUUAUGAUGACGAUAAAGCACAAGAGAAAUACCGUAGUGAUAUACUUAAUGAAGAUUUAGAAUCCUUAAACAAAUUGAACCUAUUAAAUAUUUUAAAUGAAAGAUUAAACACCCUUUCAAAAUCUACUUAUCAUGUAUUAAUAGAUGAAAAAGUUAAAUAUGGAGUAUAUAAUAUUUGGUGUUCUAUACUAAAUAAUGAAACUAAUUUUUUUGAAAAUCAAGAAAAAAAAAAUAUUAUUAUUAUAUGUAAUGCUAAUAUACUUGAAAUGUUAACCCAAGAAUUUGAUACAGCAUAUUUUAACAUUUUUAAAAAAUAUACAAAUUCAAAAAAUAAAAAUUGUAAUAAUACAUCACAAUUAUUAAUAUUUGAAAACCCUUAUAAUUCUUAUAAUGAUAAUAUAAAACCACAUUGGCCACUUAUAUUUAUUAAAUAUUAUAUUAUCCCAUAUUUUAUUCUAUAUUUUGUUUUAAAUACAUCUUAUAAUUUAUUUUCUUGGAUCUAUAAAUCAAAUUUUCAAACAAACCCUCCACUAUCACAUAAUAUCUUAGACAUUAAGGUGUAA